GAGGUGGCGCGGCGUGGGGUGGGGCGGGCCUGAGGGACCGCUCCGAGGGCUUGGUGUCCUUCUAUUCCCUUGGCCGUCCCUGCCCCUCCCUUUCCUGGGACAGCGUCCGGAAUGCAGACUCAGGAUCGGGACCUGAGUGGGCCAGAGGCGAGCCCCAGCGGGAUGCCUGAGGUUCUCUCUGAGUGUUCACCUGCCCCUACCAAGUCAACAGCGUUUGAUCUCUUCAAUCUGGUUCUGUCCUACAAGAGGCUGGAGAUCUACCUGGAACCCCUGAAGGAUGCCGGUGACAGUGUCCGGUACUUGCUAAGGUGGCAGAUGCCUUUGUGUUCCUUGCUGACUUGCCUGGGCCUCAACAUCUUGUUCCUCACUUUGAACGAGGGUGCAUGGUACUCCAUGGGUGUCUUGGUAAUUUCGGUGCCUGCACUACUGGGCUACCUUCAGGAAGUGUGCCGGGCACAGCUGCCUGAGUCUGAGCUGAUGCGGAGGAAGUACCACAGCAUAAGGCAGGAAGACCUGCAGAGAGUUCGCCUUUCCCGCCCCGAGGCUGUUGCUGAGGUGAAGAGCUUCUUCUGUACUCCUGGAUUCGUGGCUAGCUUGGUUUGGAGAAAGCAGGGACUGUCCACUCACAGAAGCUCCUAUGUCUGCAGCCUGAUCCAACUGGAAGCCUUCUUGGCCCGCCUGUGCUAUACCUGUGAGUCAGCCUAUCGUGUGCUUCACUGGGAGAACCCCGUGGUGUCCUCACAGUUCUAUGGUGCUCUUCUGGGCAUGGUUUGCAUGCUCUACCUGCUGCCCCUCUGCUGGGUCCUCGCCCUUUUAAACAGCACACUCUUUCUGGGAAAUGGAGAAUUCUUCCGAGUGGUGUCUGAGUACAGGGCUUGUCUGCAGCGGCGGAUGAACCCCAGGCAGGAAGAGCGUGUCUGUGAGAGCUCAGCCCUACAGGAUGCUGCGGGGAGGGGUGGUGUGCUGGACAGCACCCCUGCCCCUACGCCAACAGAAGAUCUCACGCCAGGCAGUGUGGAGGAAGCCGAGGAGGCUGAGCCAGAUGAGGAGUUCAAAGAUGCAAUUGAGGAGACUCAUCUGGUGGUACUGGAGGAGGAUGAGGGUGCCCCGUGCCCAGCAGAGGAUGAGCUGACCCUGCAGGACAACGGGUUCCUCAGCAAGAAUGAGGUACUUCGCAGCAAGGUGUCACGGCUCACAGAGCGGCUCCGCAAGCGCUACCCGACCAAUAACUUCGGGAACUGUGCAGGGUGUGCUGCCACCUUCUCCGUGCUGAAGAAGAGGCGGAGCUGCAGCAACUGUGGAAACAGCUUCUGCUCUCGGUGCUGCUCCUUCAAGGUGCCCAAGUCCUCCAUGGGGGCCACAGCUCCUGAAGCCCAGAGAGAGACUGUGUUUGUGUGUGCCUCCUGUAAUCAGACCCUGAGCAAAUGAGAAGAGAAGCCAGGCUCCAUCUGUCCUGGGGCCAGCAGUAGACUCUACUGUCCCAACUCUGGUCCUCUGAGGCCUGUGCUGGGCAAAUGUAGCCUGACAGCUAGGUCGUUCCUGCCCUUCCCCUGCUGCCUCCAGCUGGGCUAGUGAUGAUCUAAGGCCCAGGUGGAGAGGAGCCUCUGGGGUCCUGGCUGUUGGUCCUACUCUACCCUAUACCCUGUUAACUCAGGGCUGGCCAGGGAGUGUCCACCAGAGGGCAGAAUUGAGCACAGCCUGCUCUCAUCUGGGCUCUGGUGGUCGAGGUCAGGCUGGCUAGGCCUUAGGAUUCAAGAGACCUGAGGUUGGGUAAAGAGGGUCUUCUCUGUUGGGUACUGGGCAGUCUCUCAGCCCCAAAGAGCCUGCAAGGGGACUUAGCACCAUGGCCUGGCUCUGUCCUUUGAAUAGCCUCAGGAUAUGUUGGUUUUUAGAGCUAGGAUUGGAGUUCCCAGGUGCCCCAGGGGAGGGAACAUGAGGGUGCUGGUCAAGUCCUUCCGUGUCAAGUGGAUGGCAGUAUGGGGAUGCUCUGCCUACAGAAUCUUAGCUCCCAUGAUCCUCUGGUGUCCUCAAGUCCUGCUGGGGUGGCUACAGGACCCUCACAUCACUCCUACUUCCUGCUCUGAGUCUAGGGCACCCCCGCCUUUCUCCCACUGCCACAUCUCUAGCCCUUAUCUCAUGAGACCCGUGGGCAGAUGAGUGGAGCAGAGACUGUAAAGCCUGUGAGGUCCGGGGAAGUGCAGGACCGCCUGGAUCUCAGGGCUGCUCCUGGAGAGGAGUUUACAUUGUAGGAUAGGGUCAGAUGGCCAGUGUUCUGUUCCCUCUGCUCUGCCAAGGGGGUGCUGCACCUCCUCCUAAGCCACGUGCUGGCUCAGGCCCCCGCCCCCUCCCCUGGAGCUUUUUCAGAGUAUUUAUUUAUUUAUUUCAUGGUUCCUGGGAGCAUGCAGCAGAGGGCGGGAUGAAGAAGAUGAGGGGCUUCUGCCUGAGACCCUCCCAUAGUCACGGACUGCCCAUGGAGCUGCUCCUUGGGAGCUUGCAUUGGUAGCAGUGGACCUGUUCCACUGUCCGAGCAUGGACAUGGUCCCCACCCCUGAGCCGCCUGUGUGACUCCCAUCUGAAGCCCUCUUUGCUGAUAGGCCACACAGAGCAGGGAGGGUUUGACAGUGGGGACAAGCAAGUGAGGUGUACCCCUUUGUCCUGGUGAGAGAAGGUCACCUCUGUGUGUCUGUACUGUAGAGCAGUAGAAAGGAGCUCUGCGUGGAGACUUGUCAAUAAAAGGCCCCCUGCUUACGGUUUUGUCAGGUC